AUUCCAAAUCUUAUUUCACAAAUCACCUUCCGGUUAUUCAAAACCUAGGGUUUCUUUAGCAGCGAAGUAAUGGACGAAAAAGUCGCGAAAUGGAUCAUAGAAUUCCUUUUGCGAAAAACAUUCAUCGACGAAAAGAUCAUCAAUGGUGUACUUUCAUGUCUUCCUAUCUCUAACAAUGAUAAUCGCUUGAAGAAAACGAUUCUUUUGCGAAAAAUUGAAUCAGAAAUUUCUAAUGGUUCUGUCUCUGAGAAUCUCCUAGAAUUAUUCGAAAUAAUAGAAGAGUUAGACCAUAGAGAGGGUACUAGGGCGUCGGAUUCAAUGAAAAAAGCGUAUUGUGCUGUUGCGGUUGAUUGUACGUUAAGAUUUCUGGACGAAAAUACGAAGGAUAAUGGAAGUUAUGUUUUAGCAGUGGAGAGAGUAUGGAGAAAUAGAGUUCGUUUGAUGGAAGCUUUGCUUUCUGAAGAGUCGAAAUGUUGGUUGGAAGAUAUUGAAGCUGCGAUUUGGGAUUCGGAAGUGUGUAAGAAGAUUUCAAUGAGGAAUACAAGAAAUGAAGCUUUGAAGGCUGUUAGAGGUUUUUUGAAGGAGGCUUGGAAUAGUAUGGGACCAGCAUUUCUCGAAUUGGUGGCUGCGAAGGUUGGAGAUGAGGUAGAGGCACUUCGUCGUGGUGUCGGUUCCGUUAACCAGUGCCCCAAAGUAAUGGCUAAUCAAGGAGUGCAAAAAGGUCAGUCAUUAGUUAGGCGAAAAGAUGUUGCAGUGAAGACUAAACAUCUUAGAGGGGCAAAGAUUUCUGAUGCUGGUGAAGAUGCAGUAGGUUCUAUAAACACAGCCAAUGAUGUCCCAAUUGACGAAAUAGAGAAAGUGCCAGAAACGCCUGAAUCCAAUUCCUUGCAGUUGCAAGCUAAUGCGGGUGAUUUUCAUCCUGAUACUUCUCAAGUUGCCCGAAAUUUGUCUUUUACCAAGGACAAUGAUGUCCCAACCCAUAAUAUAGAUAGUGUGCUAGCACCUCAAUUGAAUUCAAAUGUGAGAGCUUGUCAUCCUGAUGUGUGUCAAGCCACUCAUAACAUGUCACUUACAAAGGACAAUGAGCUUUUACCCCGCACAAUUGAAAAAUUGCGAGCACAUCAAUCUAGUUCCGUGCUGAGUAAUUCACAUCCUGAUGCUUCUCGAGCAGCUUGUACUCAAUUUGUUAUGAAGGUGACAGACAACACUAAUGGCGUAAAAGCAGCAGAAAACAGGACAGAUCCGGUUAUACAAACUCCGAAAGUAAAUAGAUUUCAAAAAGCACUCAAAACAAGUGUCAUGGAGCUGUGUGAGGCCUCGACAGAACCUCUUCAGGAAACUGUUCAAGUAGCUGAGACUAUGUGCUCUACAGGGGUGACACACAACCAUAAAACUGCUGUAGAAAACCAGGCAGGAGUUGAGAAGCAUGCCUUCGCGGAAGUGAAUAGGGUGCAACAAGCACUUGAAACUAGCUCUGUAGAAGUGCAUGCUGUUGGGAAGAAUCCUGGUGCCACUCCUUCCAGAAUAGUAGAGAAUGUGUCAUCUAAAAUAGCAACAAACAAUGUGAACAAUGAUGCUGUAUUAGCAAACCAGACAUUACCAGGAACCGAUGCACCUAGAGAGUCCCCUAAGAACAACCCUAAAAAUGUCGAUAAGGACCAGAUCCUGGAAAAGAUUGAAGGCAGUGAUACUCAUUAUCCAAGGGAACUGCCAAAUCGUAAGCGUAGUUUGAUGGAACCCAAUGGCACUAGUCAUACUUUGGAGUGGGAUGAUCAGAAUGAUAUCGAGAGCAGAGACUUACAUGCUCAUUCACCUUCUAUUUCAAAGAGGAGUAGGUCGUCUGCUUUGAAGCUGUAUGACUCGAGAAAUUUUGCAUUGAGGAGAUUGAGGAGGAAGUGGACUCCACAAGAAGAAGACACAUUGAGAGAUGGUGUGAAGAGGUUUGGCAGAAGUUGGAAAUACAUCCUCGAAUGUUACAGGGAAAUUUUUGGGGACAGAACAUAUGUAGACUUGAAAGAUAAAUGGCGGAAUAUGACACGAUACGAGUCUUGAUGGUCAUGGUUUUCCAUCAAAACCUAUAGGGAUUGACUGCUUCGUGGCCUUUUCAUCUGUUAAUCUCCCUUGUUUUUUUGUUGUUCAUAUGUAAUUCUUUCAUCCUUGUAAAUGAGAUUAUGUACAUACAUGAAAUUAGCAGUUAAUAGUUGGCAUUUUUUGACAUUUUUGAAA